AUGGAUAAUGCAUCGUACCACAGCAGACAAGUAGAAAAAUUGCCAACAUCAUUAUGGAGAAAAGCAGACAUCAAGAACUGGCUCAAGUUAAAAGGAAUUACAGUCAGUGAUGAUUUGUCAAAAGCAGAGUUAUAUGAACUGGCAAAAAAUUCCCGUGUGGCAAAGAAGAGGUAUGUUGUAGAUGAAGUUGCUACAGAGGCAGGACACAUCGUCGUGAGGUUGCCGCCCUACCACUGUCAAUAUAACCACAUAGAGUUGGUUUGGGCCCAGGUGAAGUCAUACAUAGCCAAAAGGAACAAUUUCAAAAUGGCUGACCUCAAACCCCUGGUGAAAGAAGCUAUGCGUGCCGUCACACCAGAGAACUGGAAGCAAGCAGUGAAGCACGCCGAACAACUCCAAGAACAUGACACAAAUCAAGACCGAGCAGUUGAAAUGUAUGUUGACUCUUUCGUUAUACACCUAUCUGAGAGUUCUGAUGACACUUCGGAGUCGGACUAA